UCACUUCGUCUCUCAUUUUUCCUUCUAUAUAUCAUCCCUAAAAGAAACUUUCAGACCACACCUCCUCCUCCUCCUCCUCCUCCUCCUCCCGUAGUUCUUCUUUAUCAUCUCAUAUCUUCGUUUUACCCUAAUUAGAUCAUCACAGAACAAAACUGGUUAACGAUCCAUGGAUGGCUAUCACAUCUUGUUCCCUCCAUCUUCUUCUUCAUCGGCCUCAGCAGCAUCACCGAGCUUUCCUUUUGCACAUUAUGCUUACAAAAAUGCUCACGCGUUCCAUACUGGGUCGGAAAUGAUGAAUCAUAGUAACGAGACGUGCUCGUCAUCGGAGGUUAAAGGUGAGCUCAUCAACUCUCACACGGACGUGUCCCGAGACGACGAGGACAAAGCCGGAAGCGACAAGAAGAAGGGGCCGUCAUCAUCGUCGGAGAAGAAGAAGCCGAGGAAACCGAGGUAUGCGUUCCAGACGAGGAGCCAAGUGGACAUACUCGACGAUGGUUAUCGCUGGAGGAAAUACGGUCAAAAGGCUGUCAAGAACAACAGAUUCCCAAGGAGCUACUAUAAGUGCACCUUCCAAGGAUGCAACGUGAAGAAGCAAGUCCAGAGGCUGACCAAAGAUGAAGGUGUCGUGGUGACAACCUACGAAGGCAUGCACACCCACUCCAUAGAUAAACCCACUGAUAAUUUUGAACAUAUCUUGAACCAAAUGCAUAUUUACAAUCACUUUUAGUGGUUCCAUACCAAAAGGGAAGGGAGAAAAUUCAGAAAAAAAUUUGGUUAGUGGCUCUGUGAAUUUCUUAAAUGAACGCUUGAGAGUUCCUUCAAGGAAAGAACAAAUUAAGGUUGUGAUAAUAGGAAAGUAAAAGUUUUUUCUUCUCAUUUCCAUUGAACAUUGUUGUCACAUUACAUAUUUGGUGUUUUAUGUAUCUAUACAUAUGUUGUGAAUUGCGAUCUAAUCACGCAUUUCUAGUCCGGAAUGAUCAUGAAAAUAAAGUGAAUCUAUAGGGAAGCUUA